AUGAGCCUCGCGCCGGCAGCAGAUAUACAGAAGCAGAGCUCAGCGCCGAGCCUGAGCGAGAAGACUUCAACCUCGGGAUCCACACCGACCCUCAACGAGAAGGGGACCGACACCGAUACGAAGGGCAAGAAGCGGAGUCUUUUCGGGUUCGGAAAGAAGAAGACUGAGGACAAGCCCAGUACAGCUUCUGCUGGGACACACCUCGCCUCCAAAGCCGAGUCGAGUCUUCCCAGUCCUCCGCACACACAGGACACUUCCCAGCUAUCGUCGAGGCGAUCGACACAGACGUCGCCCGGACCCAUGGACGCAUCACAGAGGAUGCCGUCGUCUCCGGGCCGAGGGCGCUAUUCUUCCACCUCCCCACGCCUUGCCUCGCCUGCCGGCUCGCAGAUUUUCGAGCGAGAUGUCCAAGAAAGCGCGGCUGUCAUGCCCAAUUCUCCGGCCAUUCCCUCUCAUAUCCAGGUCGAGAACCACAUCCCGCCGGCCCUUGAUGCGACCUCGGAAGCCAUCACCAACGACCACCUCAGCCCUGACAGUGUCGAGAUUGUCACCCACGCCUCGCACCAGCCUGCUUCCGUGACGGUCACUGGCGCUUCCACCUACGAAACGCAGUCGAGCGCAUCCUGGGUCGAUGAGUUGCAGUCACUGGCUGAAAAGGAAGAAGCUGCGUCCAACUACGGCUCCUUGGACUCGGCCGAUGUUCGGCGGUUGAGUUUCAUCUCAUUUGCAGAUGUGGUCCAGGCAGAGCAAGGUGCACACGGUGUUGCGGCAAGCAGCCGGGAUUCAAUGCAGCUUGCCGGUUUGACGUCACUGUCUUCAAGCGGCAUCAACCGCUCUCCUUCGCCGGUCAGAUCACCCAUCUCAUCUCAGGGCCCCGAGACGUCUCCGCCCACGAGCAAGUCGGGGUCCAUCAAGGGGCUGGAUAUGUCCCCCAGCCGAAAGCCGCUUGGCAGUCCGAUCUCUGCUCAACACACCCUCGGAGCUGGCAGUGGCAGUGAAUUGAACAUCGAGACUAUGUCACAGGCAUUGCGACGCACUGGCAGUACCGAUCUCAGCGCUGCACGGAGUUUACCCAUCAGCCCUAUCGAGGGUCCCCAGUGA